AUGUAGGAUAAUAAGGAAACUUAUUUAAAAAAAUUAGAAAAAAAGUUUAUAGAAUUAAUUCAUUUGUUUAAAGAAUAAACUAAAAUCAAUAAAGAAUACAUCAAAAAAAGCUAAUCAGCCAUAAUUUUUAUUGGAUGCACAGGAUCAGGGAAAAGUACAAUUUUUAAUUGGUUGAAUGGAGCUGAUUAUGAAUAUAUAAAUAUCGAUGAUUGUGGAGGAGAAUUGAGACUGAAAAACGAAGAUGGCUUUUCUAAAAUAGGCAGUGGCACUAAAUCAAUAACAUUGUACCCUUAAUACAAAUAUAAUCAAGAACACAAACAUCUUACCAUUGAUUUUCCUGGUUUCUAAGAUACAAGAGGUUGGGAAGAAUAAUUAAUUAUUAAAUUAAUGUUGUAUGAUAUCUUAACAACUAUAGAAACGAAACUAGUAAUUGUGAUAGAACAUCCAAAAGUUAAAUUUUAAAGUAGAGCCACUUCUUUACAAGAUUUGGUAAAAAAUACAUUUAAAGAUGAUUCAGAAGAUUUCACUUCAAUCUGUUUAUUUUUGAAUUAGUUUUCUGAAAAAAAGAAAUUAGAUUAAGUAAUUUUUUCUGUAAAACAAAAUUUAAAUGAUAUGGAAAGAAACACACAAGUACCCUAAGAGAAAAAAAUAUAUAAGGCAUUGUAGCAAAAUAUAAUUGUUUUAUAAGAAAUUAAAAAUUAGGAUGAUCUGAAAACAAUAUUUAAUAAAGAGCAAUUAAUUUAAACCUGGACUAGUAUUAAAGCUACUCCUCCAAGAAAAGUUUAACCAAAAGAAUUAGAACAUAGUGAUAAAAUCAGCAAUUACUUAUAUGAUAAAAGCCGAGAAAUCCUUUCCAAAAUUACUUAACAACUCAAAACUAAUUUAUAUGAUAAAAUUAAAGAUAUCGAUUAAGUUUAAUUGUCUUAAAUUCUAAAUGAGUUCAAUAAGUUUUAUGAGAAGAUAUAUUAAAAUGAUGCUUCAGAAAAUAAUGAGGCAAAAUAAUAUCAAUAAACAAUUGAGUUCGUGAAGAAAAUUCUAACUAAAAUGGAUUAAAAAUUAAGUUCUCUUUAAUUUGAGGAAGAAAAUUUUCUAGAAAUUUUGACUUUUUUUUCUUGUUUUAAGAAUUAAAUUAAAGGUUUUUAAAAUUUUUUGCAAAAUUUUUCUAUGUGGCUUCAUGUUAGUCGUCCUUAAAGCUAAUUAAUAUUAUAGAGAAUAUAAAUUUUAAAAGAAUAAGAAAUUUUUAAUAAACAAAUAAAAGAGGAAAAGGAUAAGAAUAAUUCAUUAAAAUAAAGUAAUGAUUAAUUGUAGGNAUAAUAGAAAGAUAAUUAAUUAAGUAAUUUAUGUAGGAUAAUAAGGAAACUUAUUUAAAAAAAUUAGAAAAAAAGUUUAUAGAAUUAAUUCAUUUGUUUAAAGAAUAAACUAAAAUCAAUAAAGAAUACAUCAAAAAAAGCUAAUCAGCCAUAAUUUUUAUUGGAUGCACAGGAUCAGGGAAAAGUACAAUUUUUAAUUGGUUGAAUGGAGCUGAUUAUGAAUAUAUAAAUAUCGAUGAUUGUGGAGGAGAAUUGAGACUGAAAAACGAAGAUGGCUUUUCUAAAAUAGGCAGUGGCACUAAAUCAAUAACAUUGUACCCUUAAUACAAAUAUAAUCAAGAACACAAACAUCUUACCAUUGAUUUUCCUGGUUUCUAAGAUACAAGAGGUUGGGAAGAAUAAUUAAUUAUUAAAUUAAUGUUGUAUGAUAUCUUAACAACUAUAGAAACGAAACUAGUAAUUGUGAUAGAACAUCCAAAAGUUAAAUUUUAAAGUAGAGCCACUUCUUUACAAGAUUUGGUAAAAAAUACAUUUAAAGAUGAUUCAGAAGAUUUCACUUCAAUCUGUUUAUUUUUGAAUUAGUUUUCUGAAAAAAAGAAAUUAGAUUAAGUAAUUUUUUCUGUAAAACAAAAUUUAAAUGAUAUGGAAAGAAACACACAAGUACCCUAAGAGAAAAAAAUAUAUAAGGCAUUGUAGCAAAAUAUAAUUGUUUUAUAAGAAAUUAAAAAUUAGGAUGAUCUGAAAACAAUAUUUAAUAAAGAGCAAUUAAUUUAAACCUGGACUAGUAUUAAAGCUACUCCUCCAAGAAAAGUUUAACCAAAAGAAUUAGAACAUAGUGAUAAAAUCAGCAAUUACUUAUAUGAUAAAAGCCGAGAAAUCCUUUCCAAAAUUACUUAACAACUCAAAACUAAUUUAUAUGAUAAAAUUAAAGAUAUCGAUUAAGUUUAAUUGUCUUAAAUUCUAAAUGAGUUCAAUAAGUUUUAUGAGAAGAUAUAUUAAAAUGAUGCUUCAGAAAAUAAUGAGGCAAAAUAAUAUCAAUAAACAAUUGAGUUCGUGAAGAAAAUUCUAACUAAAAUGGAUUAAAAAUUAAGUUCUCUUUAAUUUGAGGAAGAAAAUUUUCUAGAAAUUUUGACUUUUUUUUCUUGUUUUAAGAAUUAAAUUAAAGGUUUUUAAAAUUUUUUGCAAAAUUUUUCUAUGUGGCUUCAUGUUAGUCGUCCUUAAAGCUAAUUAAUAUUAUAGAGAAUAUAAAUUUUAAAAGAAUAAGAAAUUUUUAAUAAACAAAUAAAAGAGGAAAAGGAUAAGAAUAAUUCAUUAAAAUAAAGUAAUGAUUAAUUGUAGGAAAAGUUGCGUUAAAACGAAAGAAUGUUUUAGAAAAAUUAACAGUAAUGGGAAUAGAAAUAUCUUAAUUAAUAGAGUGAAUAACAAUAAUUAAAAAAUUAAUUAAGUAAUUAAUAGGAAGAAAGAAAGGUAUUAGAGUCUUAUUUUCUUGAUUAAUAAUAAUAACUAAAGAAUUAAUUACACUACUAAUAAAAUGAAAAACAAAAUUUUAUAUAUAAUUAGCAAAAAGAAAUUAAGGAUGCCUAAGCAAAAAUUGAGUAAUUAAAAUAUUAGAUAAAUGGAUUAUAAAAUACUAUAAAUGAUUUAAAGUUAGAGAAGUAGAAAUUAAAUAAGAUUAUUCAUGAGAAAGAUGAACAAAUAAGCGAAUGGGAGUUUUUUAGUAAAUUAUAGGAAAAUAAAAUUGAAGAAUUGAAGGUAAAAAAAUGCAAAUAAAGCUUUUUUUGA